AUGAAGAUUUUUCAGACGGCCUUGUUUGCUUCCAUUACUACCUUACUCGGCCUAGUUAGCGCCGACUGUGAUGUCGUGCCCACAACUGAAGGCGUAGAUGGCAAUGGAAAUCCAAUUGCCAUUGGUGAUACCAUCACUGGCCAACCCGAUAUAUGCCAAACCAUGGGUCCUGGUGAUUACUCAUUUGUUAUGCUCGUCGCAACAGCCGGUACUCCCAUCCCUGGCGGUCCGAUCAAUCCCACGUACCUUGGAUAUACGAAUGCCGCUUCGUUCAUGAUUUUUGAUAAUACAUGCAAGCUACUCGGUGCUUUCUCACCUAACACUAACUGUGAUGCACCAUACACUCUCGAGGCCAAUUAUCUAGCCGAUGUCAUGACAAUUUCAGUCUAUAUGGACCCUGGGGACCCGUGGUUCAGCUUCGCAUACGGUAAUGGGUUGUUCAGCACGGGUAACAAUGGCUGUGAUUGUAAAAAGAAUGAGAAUGAUAUUACAUAUGUUUCAGCUGCCUGUGGAUGUGCGUUCCCACAGAGCGGUGUCUUGUCGAAACGCUUCUACGAGCCACUUCAAUUUACUGCAUGA